AUGGCCAGUGCAGAGCAGAUCGCCGCUCAAAUAAUGAGCUCCAAGUCCCUUUGCGUCUCUUCGUCGUGGCUCAAUUCUUUCCUAGCCUCUUCACAGCUCAACGUCCCCGUCUCCGCACUCACCAAGACAGCUCUUUUUCGCGUCCUCGCCUCGGACAUUCGCGAGUCUCUAGCAACAAAUCCUACCUCCCUCUUUCCGGUUGAUAUAUCCGAUCCCGCAGUCCAAGAAAGGCGCAUUCCCGGGCCCAUUCCUGUCCAAGUCCUUGACAUCGAAGACAUCGGCACGAGUCUCUGGAGCCAGGUCGAAGCAAUUGAACGUAUCGAGCGCGGCGAAGCUAUACGAGGCCGGGAGAUUGUACGCACUGUGAAUGUUGGCGAUGACAAUGAAGGAGCAGAGACUGGCAGCUCGAGUAAUAUCGGCACGGCCGCAGCUCCUAGCGCGUCUGGGAGCAGUGGAUCUGGACCGCACCGAUUGAUUCUACAAGAUGCUCAUGGCACAAAGGCAGUUGCAAUUGAGAUGCAGCACAUUGAAGGUAUCUCUCUGGACAAGCUACCUAUUGGAGCGAAGAUCCUUUUGCGAAAUGCGACUGUAGCGCGUGGAAUGGUGUUGUUGGAUGUGAAUUGUUCUACGCUGCUCGGUGGGAAGAUUGAGGCUCUGGAUAAACCUUGGAAGGAAGGGAGAAAGGCCAGACUCUUGCAGAGAAUUGAUUCCAUGAGAGACGAGGCGAACCAGUCCGGUUGA